GCCUGUCGCUGUGUUCACGCGGCUGGCUCUGUGGCUGUAAUAUCCAGUACACUCGGCUGACUGACUGCAACUGAAGUAGGAAAGUGAAGGUGGAGCUCUCCGGGGGUAGAGUCGGUAGAGUUUACAGAAGUGAAAUCCCUGAAAAAACUGUAUUUGUGGAAAUUAUUGGUAAGCAUAACAUGACUAUAUAACGGCGUCUGGAUUUUUUUAAAAUAGUGGGAAAAGCUUUAAUUCGUUCACAAGCUUGUAUUCACAAUAGUAAGCGCUCGCGUUCCAGCUCUCUGUCAAACGUCUCAUAUUCCCAGAGCCGCAGGAAGUGUAACUCCAGUUCACUGUAGAAAAAAUCAAGAACAAGUGGAUGAUCUAAAAAGAAGCAUACGUUCUCCUCCAGAUAAGGUUUCGCUGGAAUGGGUAAUCUUCUAAAAGUCCUUACAAGGGAAAUAGAGAACUAUCCACAUUUUUUCCUGGACUUUGAAAAUGCACAACCGACAGACUGUGAGAGAGAGGUGUGGAACCAGGUGAAUGCUGUUCUCCAGGAGUCAGAGAGCAUCCUGUCCGGCCUGCAAGCCUACAAGGGGGCGGGCCAGGAAAUACGAGAUGCAAUACAGAAUCCUAAUGACAUGCUCCUUCAGGAGAGGGCGUGGAACUCUGUGUGUCCACUUGUCAUCCGCCUAAAGAAGUUCUAUGCCUUUUCAUUGAAACUAGAGGAAGCACUACAGAGCCUUUUGGAGUCUCUGACGUGUCCGCCGUACACUCCCACUCAGCACCUGGAGAGGGAGCAGGCCCUUGCUAAACAGUUUGCUGAAAUCCUGCAUUUCACGCUCCGCUUUGAUGAGCUGAAGAUGAGGAUUCCAGCUAUCCAGAAUGACUUCAGCUACUACAGAAGAACAAUCAGUCGAAACCGAUUAAACAACAUGAAUCUUGAUAUUGAAAAUGAGGUCAAUAAUGAAAUGGCAAAUAGAAUGUCUCUGUUCUAUGCUGAAGCCACACCUAUGCUGAAGACCCUGAGCACAGCAACGACAAACUUUGUGACAGAGAAUAAGACAUUACCUCUUGAGAACACCACAGACUGCCUGAGCACUAUGGCAAGUGUAUGCAAGGUCAUGCUAGAGACACCAGAAUACACAAGUCGAUUCAACAGUGAAGACACACUUCUGUUUUGUAUGAGGGUGAUGGUUGGGGUUAUUAUCCUCUACGAUCAUGUGCAUCCAAACGGUGCCUUCAACAAAUCCUCAAAAAUCGAUAUGAAAGGAUGCAUUAAAGUCUUAAAAGAUCAGCCCGCAGAUAAUGUUGAAGGUCUCCUUAAUGCCCUCAAGUUCACCACAAAACACCUGAAUGAUGAGUCCACUCCAAAAAAUAUCAGAACAAUGCUACAGUAAUGGUUUUAAGUGAAGCGGGUCAAUAUUCUGACCUCAAAAGAUGUAUAUGUUUACAUUUAUUUAAGGACUUGAUGUUAAUACUUGGGUGUAUUUACAUAAUCAUUCCCUCCAAGUUACUGCAAUGUAAAGAAAGCAGACCUUUAUUCUAAACAAAUUGCCUAUUCUGUCGACACAAGCACAAAUUAAUAAAAACCAAGCAGCCUUAUGAAAAUUCAUGAAAAAAAAAUCAUUUGCAGUUUUGCUUUCAAAUGAAUAACCAUGAUCAUGUUAACCAAAGGGGCUUAUGCACUGGUUGUGAGUUACAGUGAAAUCCUAUUGGCUAAAGUGUAGUCAAUAUUGAAUGAGUAAAGCGUGGGAUGCUUGUGCUUUUGUAUUUUGUAAUGAUGAGAAAAGACAGUUU